UGAUGUUAUAUGUGGAAUAGUGUCGUUGAUUAUACAUAAUUGUUACACAAUUUUGAAGGUUAUAUUUGAAAAAUAUGGCAGAUCGUUUAACACAGUUACAAGAUACUAUAAAUCAGCAAGCAGAACAUUUUUGUAACAGCGUAGGUAUUUUACAACAGUAUUCAACACCCAGCAAAUUUCCUGGUUUUGAUCGUGUUGGAACACCUCAACCGCAUCAGCCUCAAGAAGAUUAUGCAGCUUUAUUCGCAACACUUAUAGCAAGGUGUGCAAAAGAUAUCGAUACCUUGAUAGAAAGUUUACCAAGUGAGGAAUCAUCGCAGGAACUGCAAGUUGCAAGUCUCAGUCGCCUUGAACAAGAAAAUCAAGAAGCUGGUGAACAACUAGAAGAAGUUGUAAAACAGGGUGAAGCACUUCUGCAAAGAAUUCAAGCUGCUCUACAAGAUAUUGCUCAAAGUCAAUUGGAUAUGCAAGAUCCAGCAUCCACAUCUGUAAUUAAUAUCAAUCUCAACACUAAUUCAACUUUCAAACAAGAAAAUGUGAGCUCUAUAAAUACCGUAUCAAAUAGCACACACCAGUUGUCAGACCCCUCACCUAAUUCUGUGAAUCAAUGAUAUAUUUUUACUAUAACUUAAUUUUUUGAGAGAUUUAUAAGAGGAUAAAUUUUACUGAUAGUGUAUACUUCGCCAAAAUAUUAAAAUUAUUAAAUAAACCUUAAAAAA